AUGGCGUUACGACAUGAUAGAAGAACUGCACUGGUUGCAAAAGAGCUAGCUCGCUACAACGUGGACAUAGCAGCUCUCAGCAAAACGCACCUAGCAGACAAGGGCCAGCUGACAGAACGUAGUGGUGGAUACACGUUCUUCUGGAGCGGUCGCAGCAGCGCUGAACGACGAGAAGAAGGCGUGGGAUUUGCCAUCAAUUCUAACCUCGCCCGUAAACUCACCAAGCACCCAGAGAGCAUCAACGACCGCCUGAUGACACUUCAGCUCCCACUUGCGAACAAGCAGAGUGCUACGCUGAUUAGUGCCUACGCUCCCACCAUGACCAACCCAGAUGACAUUAAAGACAAGUUCUAUGAAGAACUCGACGCCCUCAUCUCAGCAAUCCCACAGUCAGAGAAGCUCAUCGUUCUCGGGGACUUCAAUGCCAGAGUAGGGACAGACUACCAAACCUGGGAAGGGAUCAUUGGUAGACACGGCACUGGCAAGUGUAACAACAACGGCCUUCUGCUCCUCAAGACAUGUGCCACACACGACCUUGUCAUCACCAACACCCUGUUCCGCCUACCCACCCGUAAGAAGACGUCAUGGAUGCACCCGCGCUCGAAGCACUGGCAUCUGAUUGACUACAUCAUCACCAGGAAGAGGGACAGGAUGGAUGUCAGAGUGACGAGAGCCAUGUGUGGUGCCGACUGCUGGACCGACCACCGCCUCAUUGUGUCCAAGUUCAGGCUUCGCAUUCUGCCCAUGAGAAGACCCACAGAGAAAAAGCAGAUUCUGGAUCAGUGGGCUGAGCACUUUAACAACGUCCUUAACCGCCCUGCCGACAUCAAUGACGAGGCCAUUGCCCGCCUGCCCCAGGUAGAGAUCAACAAGAACCUUGACACCCUCCCCACAGUAGAUGAAGUCAGGAAGGCAGUGAAGCAACUCUCCUGUGGCAAAGCGCCAGGACACGAUGCAAUCCCUGCUGAGGUAUACAAAGCAGGAGGCCCUGUCAUGAUGCAAAUGCUGACUGUACUCUUCCAGUCCAUGUGGAAAAAGGGACAGGUCCCGCAACAGCUGAAAGAUGCCAGCAUAGUCCACAUCUACAAGAGGAAAGGCAACCGCCAGUCUCGGGACAACCACCGAGGCAUCUCCCUCUUGUCCAUUGCGGGGAAGAUUCUGGCCCGCGUCCUGCUCAACCGCCUUCUCCAACAUCUUGAGCAAGGUCUGCUCCCAGAAAGCCAGUGCGGCUUCCGUGCUGAACGUGGGACCGUGGACAUGAUUUUUGCUGCGCGCCAACUCCAGGAAAAAUGCCAGGAGCAACACAGCGACCUCUUCGUGACCUUUGUCAAUCUAACCAAGACUUUCAAUACGGUCAGCAGAGAAGGCUUGUGGAAGAUCAUGGAGAAGUUUGGCUGCCCCAGCAAGUUCAUCACAAUUGUCCGGCAGUUCCACGACGGUAUGAUGGUGAAAGUUCUGGAUGACGGCGACGAGUCGGAGGCCUUCCCAGUGACAAAUGGCGUCAAACAAGGCUGCGUUCUUGCCCCGACUCUGUUCAGUAUGGUAUUCUCUGCCAUGCUGACAGAUGCCUUCCAUAACUACGAAGAAGGAAUCCACAUCAGAUACAGGACUGACGGCAGGUUGUUCAACCUUAGGCGCCUGCAGGCAGUUACA